GACUGUGACAUUGACAGUGACUGUCAGCCGACCCCACCCACCAAAACCAGAGGCAGGUACGUUACAUUACAUUAUUAUAUUAAAGCCUAAGAAACCCCCACCGUACCAUUUCCGUCGGCAACCAACGUCUGGCCCCCUGAGCCACCACUCACAGUCACAGCGACAAAUGGGCUUGUAGAGAGAGGAAGAAAAAGAAAAAGAUAAGAUUUAGAGAGAGAAACCGACAAAAACGAAAAAGAAAUGUUUUUUAUUUACACAUAACUGAAAAGACUCGGUCUUUAGGAGGAGUAAAGAUUGGAGGAGAUUCAGAAGUUCUAGCUUUCAGUCUUUCCAGUUACUGAGCUCACAAUUUGCUCUAUUGCUGAGAGACGGGCAAAGGGUUGGUGUGUGUGUGUUUCCGUGUUAAGUAAUUUUCAGAAAUUCUUUUGGGGGGUCACCAAUGUUGGUCCAGGGCCGUGCAGCAGCCCCCAAAUCCUCAAGACCGCUUCCUACCACCCUCCAUCCAAACCACAACAGCAACCACCAUCACCACCACCAACACCAGGAUUACCGUUUCUCUCCCUCCAAAUCCCUUGAUUUCUCCACCUGGUUCUCUGAAAACCUCUACAAGAUCAUCAUCUGUUUUUUCCUCAUUGCCACCGUCGCCGCCGUCUUCUUCCUUCGGAAUACUGGUGACACUGCCGCCUUUCUUUAUCUUCAAUCCAAGUCUCAACCCAUUGAGAAAACCCUCCCAUUUCCCCAUAUUAACUGGAAUCACAUCCCACCUAUUGCUGAUACGGCUUCUACCUAUGCCAAUUUUCGCACUGAGAGAUGGAUCAUUGUUUCGGUCUCUGAUUAUCCCUCUGAUUCGCUUAAGAAACUCGUUAAAAUUAAGGGCUGGCAGUUGCUGGCUAUUGGGAAUUCGAAGAGCCCGAGAGAUUGGGCGUUAAAGGGUGCGAUAUACUUGUCUUUGGAGCAGCAAGCGAGUUUGGGGUUUAGGGUUGUGGAUUUUGUGCCAUAUGAUUCUUAUGUUAGGAAAAGCGUUGGGUAUUUAUUUGCUGUCCAGCAUGGGGCCAAGAAAAUCUUCGACGCUGAUGAUCGUGGUGAGGUGAUUGGAGGAGAUUUAGGGAAGCAUUUUGAUGUGGAAUUAAUUGGAGAGGGAGCUAGGCAAGAGACUAUAUUGCAGUACAGUCAUGAUAAUGAGAAUAGGACUGUGUUGAAUCCUUACAUUCAUUUUGGGCAGAGGUCGGUUUGGCCUAGAGGGUUGCCAUUGGAGAAUGUGGGUGAAAUUGACCACGAAGAGUUCUACACUGAGAUUUUUGGUGGGAAACAUUUUAUUCAGCAAGGGAUUUCGAAUGGAUUGCCAGAUGUUGAUUCUGUCUUUUAUUUUACUAGGAAAUCUGGUUUGGAAGCUUUUGAUAUUAGGUUUGAUGAGCAUGCCCCUAAAGUGGCAUUGCCCCAGGGGAUAAUGGUGCCAGUGAAUUCAUUGAAUACAAUGUACCAUUCAUCGGCUUUUUGGGGUUUGAUGCUUCCGGUUUCAGUAAGCUCAAUGGCCUCUGAUGUGUUAAGGGGCUAUUGGGGGCAAAGGCUUUUGUGGGAGAUUGGUGGGUAUGUUGUGGUUUACCCACCUACUAUUAAUAGAUAUGAUAGUAUUAAGGGAUACCCUUUUUCGGAAGAGAAGGAUCUUCAUGUAAAUGUAGGGAGGCUGAUUAAGUUCUUGGUAGCAUGGAGGUCGAAUAAACAUAGGUUGUUUGAAAAGAUUUUGGAGUUGAGUUAUGCAAUGGCAGAGGAGGGCUUUUGGACAGAGCAGGAUGUGAAGUUUACUGCUGCUUGGCUUCAGGACUUGAUUGCUGUUGGAUAUCAGCAGCCUAGGUUAAUGUCACUGGAAUUGGAUCGGCCAGGGGCAAGUAUUGGCCAUGGGGAUCGAAGGGAGUUUAUCCCUCGUAAGCUGCCAUCUGUGCAUCUUGGAGUAGAGGAAACAGGGACCGUGAGUUAUGAGAUUGGCAACUUGAUUCGGUGGAGGAAGAAUUUUGGAAAUGUUGUGCUUAUUAUGUUUUGCACUGGGCCUGUGGAACGGACUGCUUUGGAAUGGAGAUUGCUUUAUGGGAGGAUAUUCAAAACAGUGGUUAUUUUGUCACAGCAGAAGAACGAGGAUCUUGCUGUUGAAGAGGGCAAUUUGGAGCAAUUAUACAAGCAUCUGCCCAAGAUAUUUCAUCGGUUUGCUAGUGCAGAAGGCUUUUUAUUCCUUAAGGAUGAUACUGUCCUCAAUUAUUGGAAUUUGCUUCUGGCUGACAAGAGUAAGCUAUGGAUUACUGAUAAGAUUUCGAAAUCCUGGCUUACUGUGUCAACCAAAGGAAACUCAGAUUGGCAUGGCAAACAAGCUGAAAUGGUAAAAAAAGUUGUUGGUUCAAUGCCUGUUCACUUCCAAGUAAAUUAUAAGGAUGCUAUGAAGAGUGAUCAGAGCAUCACGAUAUGCAGUUCUGAGAUAUUCUACAUUCCUCAUCAUUAUGUAGCUGACUUUGUAGAUCUUGUCAGCCUUUUGGAUGAUCUGGAAAUCCAUCACAAAAUUGCCAUACCUAUGUUCUUUCUUUCAAUGGAUUCGCCUCAGAAUUUUGACUCUGUGCUUAGUACAAUGCUAUAUAAACAGAAGCCACCGUCAACUAAUUCAACAAUUUAUUCUGCUCGAGCACCUGCUAUUCACCCGUGGAAUGUGUCAAGUGAACAAGAUUUCAUAAAGCUGGUAAGAAUAAUGGCAGAAGGUGACCCUCUCCUAAAGGAGUUAGUUUUAAGGUAAAAGCAUCUUUUUGAUAAAUAGAGACAGAAACUGUACCAUUUUGUAACUCUUAUACCAAAAUUCUGUUUAAUUUUUCUCAAUAGGGAGGGCUCUUUUCUUUUUAUACCUUUUGUAAUUGUAAAUUUUUUAUUUCUUUGUAGAUUUACCUUGUAUGAUUCAUUUACUGAUUGGGUAUUCCCUUUAAUGAUAAAAUGUUUCAAAUC